AUGGCACGCACAGCAGCUCCUUCCACGCUACUCGGGCUUGUCGCUCUGGUCCUCACAGUGCUUUUGGCAACACCACGAGUCGAAGCUGGCCGAUUUCUUCCCGGCGUCGGAAGUCUACCCACCAACCGUCUUCCACCCGGCUUGAAUUCAGCCGUCGCGGCGGCCGUCGCAGCAGCAAGCAGCAGCAGCCCCGCAGCGGCGCUCAACUCGACGCUCUCAGGCCUCCAGUCGUCCCUCAACGGCCAGAUCACAUCUCUCGACGCGCUUCUCGAGAAAUCGCUCGAUCAGAUCUCGGCGGCCCUCAGCAGCAACGCUUCCGCGGACGCUGCACUCCAGGCGCAGAUAUCCGCGCUAAAAUCCAACCUCGCUGCUUUAAACGCGAGCCUCGUUAAUCUGAACGCGCUGAACAUCUCAGGGUCAAAUCUGAACUUCACGGAUCUGAUUUCCCAGAUCUCGGGGAUUCGAUCCAACAUUUCCUCCAUCAGCACCAGCAUCGCCGCUCUGAACAAGGACCUGGCGGGGAUAAUCGGCUCGGGAGUAGGCUCGGGCGCAGGCUCGGCCUUAGGCUCACGCGUAGGCUCGGUGGGCUUGUCUAGUGCAGCCACCGCUGCGGCUUCCGCGAGCCGGAGCGCGGCGAUCCGCGCGGCGGUGAGGCAGCGGCUGGCGGCUGUGACGCAGCGAGUGGCAGGGCUCAACGGGAACGUGUCCGCCCUCGCCGGGAUGCUCAACGCCUUGAAUUCCGCUCUCAACGGCGCUGGAGUCAAUAGCAGCGUGGUGGGGAAUAUCGCGAAUCUUCUGCCCCAACAGGCGGGCAUGCUGCGUGCCGUGCUGACGUCAUGCAACGGCCUGCUGUCUCUCCAAGCCGGCGCUGCUGACAUUCAGAUCCUCAAGAUUGGCUCGGACUAUCUGCUCACAUACUACCUGUACGUAGCAGGAGUGACCAAGGCCCCGGACUCGCAGGCCAUCUUCAAGGGCAACGCCUGCGGCACCGCUGCUGCUUCAGCAGCCCUCGCCCUGCCUGGCACGUGGGUGCCCAUGAGCCCUGUGUCCUGGUCGCUGGCCAAUGUCGUCAGGGCGUCAGCUGCUGACGUGGCGGAUGUGCUGGCAUCGAUCCAAGGGAUCACCAAUGAUGACCUGUACUUCGGAUUCUCCGGUGCUGACGGGGCACUCUCAGGGAGAGUGAUCGGUGGAAGGGUGUGA